GUCAGCUGACGUUGACUCCGCCGGAGGUGGUUGCGCUUGGUCCGUUAGCGCCUCGGCAACCGUCAACCGCCGUCGUGACAUUGGGCGAUCUGAAACAGGCGGCGGCGGCGGCGUUCUCGGAGACGUACCGGAUGUGCCGUCGACCCGGGGGAGGCGACAUUGCCGUGACGAGCAUCGUGCAGGGUAUCGAUGAGCAGACUCUUUCCGGCGGCGACUCGGCUUCUCUAGCACCCGCAUUGGCCGCCGCUGCCGCCGCUGCCUCCUCAGCGGCUGCAGCACCGCCUGGCACGAGCGCGGAUGCUCCUCCGACUAGCAGCAGCGCCGACGGCAGCGCCGACACCGCUGCUGCUGCUGGCACCCUCCCGCCAGCAGCACUCACACCACAACCGACGCAGCAACCCCAGGCCCCGCCAUCGCAGCCGCCACCGCCACCGCUUGCUGUCGUGAUUCGGUGCAGCGGUUUGGAUACCGACCUGCGAUGGCGACAUGCAGGGGGGCCGGAGGACUGGCGGGUGGCCUGCCUGUGCGGCACCCAAGACGACGACGGAGAGCGCAUGAUUGCUUGUGACGUGUGCGGCGUCUGGUCGCACACGCGCUGCAACGACAUACCCGAUGACGCGGACGAGCCCUCCAGCUACGUGUGCCGGGCGUGCAGCAGCAAGGGCGGCGGCAGCGGGGGGGCCCGGGGCCGGGGCAAGUGAGGGGAAGGUGUUUUUUUCUGCAGCGCGGGACAUGUUAGUAGCGAGGGAGGCAGCGGCAUAUGGGUUCUGUUUUGGGGAGGGUGUUAGAUGAAGGGGGAUAUGAAUGACGAGGCAAAGUAGAGCGAGCGGUGACGUGACACGACUGGCAGAGGCCUUCCCUUGUUGCGCUCCUCGGGUUGGUGGGUGCUGUUGCUGCUGCUGCUGCUGCUGCUGCUGCCGGGGGGGGGUUCACCGGGGAGUGCAGCCUUACAAAGUGGGCGAGAGUAAAGAAGAGAGAGUGGAAUGGUCGUGCGUAGGCAUAUGAGGGUGGCUGCUAGCUACUAGGUUAGCGCGGUCAGUGUCCUAGAGCCGCUCUCGGACACAUGUGAGAAAGGUCUUCAGUGUUGCUUUACUAGCCGCAAUAGCCGCAGCCAAAGACACAGCGGAAGGAUAACAAGACAGACUGAACAAGAUGAGUUCCAUCAUGGUAUAGUGUGCGUGUCUGGCACGUGGCACCUAGGAACGGGUGGGCGGCAUGGAGUGAGGGAUGUGAGAGCGGGUGAUGAUGGGUAGUAGUUGCCGAAUAUAGGCGGUUUCAACAGUGCGACUGCUGCUGCUGCUGCUCCUGCUCCUACUGCAAGUUGGGGAAUGGGGAGGGGCAAGGGGCUUGGACAUGAGUGUUUCUAGGUGGGUACUCGGGCGGGAAUGGGCCCUUCUCAUGUGGUGAUAUGUUUUUAGGAGCUCUGGUGUUUUGUUUUGUAGCACUGUGGUUUACUUUCACGUGGGUAGUGGCAUUCCCCCUUGUCCAGUUUCAACAGUAGCGGCUUUUAGGACCUUCGCAUUUAGAGGCACGGUAGACAAGGACAUGUUUUGACGUACUUUGGACACAACGUGCUGUUUCUGAAAGGACAAACACACUAGCGUUUGCUGCAUUGAGUGAUGAGUUGUGAUUUACGAAGAGGUUGUGGUUGUUAUCUGGUUGUGACUGCCUUCAACGGUUUUGAACUUAUCCCACUGUGUGUUAAGAAAACUGGCCGCUGUGUGUGUGUGUUUUACCGUGCUCGGAAAGUGGCACGGCUCGCUGGUUUCCUAACCAACCCUUGGACACAUGUAGUGCAAAGCAGUGCGGAAUGGAUCGUAAUUGAGGUGGUGGGUGUGUCUAUUCCGUCUGCGUGGUGGUCAACAAGACUGGCCGCCCCUGUGGGUUUGCGGGUCGGUAUACGAUGAUAUUGUACGAUUAAGAUCCGUACGGUCUUUCCAUCACGGAGUACGGAAAGUUGAAUGUACGGCAUAAACUUACACGGCAUGCGUGU